CGCGCGCUCCGCCGGCGACGUCGACAUCGACGUCUAGAAGCCUGAUCCGUCCGCGCUCGGCUCGGCUGGCGCGGCGCGCUAUAUGACCGCGGGCCGGGGUCCAAGCUACUCACUCACUCAUCAGCUAGCCAGGCCAAGUGGCAAGUGUUCUCCUCGCUGAACCUUUUCCCGCACUCACCAACCAUGUCCUCGACGACGGCGUCCACCCUGGCCGGCGCGUGGCUCGGCGAGCUCGCCGCGGCAGUGCAGGGCGGGUGGCAGGCGGUGGCGGCCGGCCACAGGGGGCGGCAGCAGCAGCAGCGGAGGAAGCUGAGAGCCGGUCCCGGCGAGCAGAAGCACAAGGCGCCGGCGCCGGCGCCGGGGGGAGCAGCGGCCGCCGAGGACGGGGACGUAGGGAGGCGCGGAGGCGCCAUGUCCGACACCACGGUCUACCUGCUGCUCGACCGGUUCGCGCCCAGCUGAGCUCAGCUGCCUUGGCACCCGCGCUCCGGCGAUCGGUCGUGCCCCGUGGGCCCGUGCCCAUCUGUACAGGCGAAAUAAUGGCAGCCGAUCGACGUGUAAAUGCUGCGGAUUGUAAUGCCAUCUUGGCAUCUUGCUGCCGGCUGUUCACCUCCACCAUUUCUUGCGCUCCAUGGGUGGAGCUAACGGAGGGUGCACAUGCAUCACCCAGCAGAACAUCUCAGCAAUGGAGGAUGCAUCCUCUUGGGGGGCAAAUUUACCGCCA